AUGAAUACAACUGCUUCGUUUUCAUCAGAACAUUCAUGGAGCAGACGUUGUUCUACAGAAACAGUGUUCAGCAUACAAGGGAAAGAAACAGAUAUCGUUCGCGACACGAGCGACACGUCGUCCCUAUGGAGCGACGAUGAGCACGACGCAGAGUACGAGCCUGUCACGGAGUCGGAGGAUGCGGCGCCGGUCCCGUGCGACUCUUCGGGCGGAAGUGACAACGAGAUAAUAGCUACGAAGGUAAUCGAGGUGAAGAUAAGGGACGACGGGGACCUGGUGUUCGCAGACUCUGAGCAGACCGAGUCGAACGGCAGCGACAGCGAGAUAGACCUGCACGACUACUGGUACUGCGCGCAGUGCCUCGCCGCCAACAACAACCCGCUCUACCGCUACUGCGAGAAGUGCUUCAAGGUGCGCAAGAACUUCUUCCCGCCGAGGCCGAAGCGGAAGCCGAAGCGGGCGUCCCCUGAGCCGGUGGCGGAGCCCUCGGCGAUCACAGGUUCCGAAGACGCCCCGGCGCGCCUCUCGCAGGACUCCGCCUACGAGUCGCUCGCCUCCAACUGCCAGUCGAGCCAGGAGCUGGGGCCUCUGCCGACAUCGUCCGCUCCCGCCCCCGCCCCCGCCCCCGCCUCCCCUCCCGCGCCCGCCUCGCGCAAGCGGCGCGCGGACUCCGCCGACCGCAACAACAAGCGCAUCAGGGCCGACCGCUCGGAGUCGGACAGCGGCCCGGAGCCGGCCGAGGGGCUCGUGCGGCCCCUGGUGAAAAUGGUCAGCGACCCCCUGCUGACGGUGGCCGAGCCCCCGGCGCCAGUCGGCGGCGGGCGGCGGCCGGACGAGGACGCGUGCAUAGUGUGCCUCUCGCGGCCCAAGUCGGGCGUGUUCGUGCACGGCCGGAUCGCGCACAUCUGCUGCUGCUACGACUGCGCGCUGAGGGUGUGGGCGAGGGCGAAGCGCUGCCCCGUCUGCAACUGCAAGGGGGACAACCCCGCAAAUUUGUGGAAUAAAAAUAUAGAGUGGGAACCCUGCGGCGUUAACACCUCAACACAGCCUACCAACCAAGUGCACACGCCCGCCACCCCCGUACCGCCCGCCGCCCGCAUACACUUCUCUCCGCAACUUCGCUCCGUUCCGUUUAGAGUUCACAUUUAUUCCGUUCAUCGUUCGCGUCGCAGUCGCAUUUCGCCGGUCGUACGCGGUGCUCGCUUUCUGUUCGAAUCCCCGACGUCCAAUAAACUUAGAAACCCAGCAAUGGCCUGCUCCGUUAGUGAUGCCCCGUCCCUGAAGGACCUUCCGAAGGUCGCCAAUGACCUUAAGAGCCAGCUCGAAGGCUUCAACACUAGCUGUCUUCGGGACGUUGACACUAACGAGAAAAUUGUUCUUCCAUCAGCUGAAGACAUAGCCCAAGAGAAACAGCACACGGCGCUCCUUCAGGAUGUGGAAAAAUUCCAACCUUCCAAUUUGAGGAAAACCGAUACAGUCGAAAAAGUCGUUCUUCCUAACGCACUAGAUGUCGCCGCUGAAAAGACUCAAAAAUCUUUAUUCGACGGCAUCGAAAAGUUCGAUGCGACCAGACUGAAACACACAGAAACGCAAGAAAAGAACCCGCUUCCCGACAAAGAUGUUGUCGCAGCGGAGAAACAGCAUCAAAACCUACUGGAUGGCGUCGAGCAUUACGACAAGAGCCAAAUGAAGCACACGACUACGGAAGAAAAGAACCCAUUGCCGCCAAUAGAAGCCAUCGAAGCGGAGAAGGAAAAGAACAAAUUCCUCAACGGCAUCGAGAACUUCGACCCAACCAAGUUGAAGCACACUGAGACCUGUGAAAAGAACCCGCUACCGACCAAGGACAUCAUCGAGCAGGAGAAGACUGCU